AUGGUUAGAAGCAAACGCCUUAGGAGCAAAACCACCGCGAUGGCUAAAUCCGUGACAACCCGAAGCCACUCCACCCACGAUUCCGCGAUCGAUAUGGUGCCACCACCACCUUUCACCACCGUGCCACCUACCGGACCCGCGGCCGGAUCUAGCAACCUCUGUGGCACCGCCAUCGAGCAUGGUGGAACCUCCCAUCAAGGUAGGCUCGUUACCACAACUGACUUAGGCCCGGUCUUCAAGCAACUUCAAGCAUUCACUCCAUUGCCUCCACGCUCGACGCACUCUCCUGCAUAUACCUCCAAUGAAACCCUAGCCCGUGUGCAAUUGGACUCCAUACACUUCUCUCCUCCCGAUCCACGAAGUCAAGCAGAUCAUAAUCUGAGAGUUGACCAGCUAGCUCAGAGGAUGGACGACCAAACCAAUAUGAUGAGGCAGCUCCUCCACCAAAUAAACUUGGUUCAAAACCUUGGCCUUAGACAACCGGGCGAAGAGAGAAGGAUGGAUGAAUGCACCUAUCGGCAGCUCGAUGGGUACCAAGCAGGUCGAGCAGGAAUGGGCAGACAAGGAGAAGGACAACAACGCGAUCAACUUGCCGGCAUGUCACAAGCAUCUGCAAGCCACACACAAAGCAACGUGCAAGAAAGGCUCGGCCCACGACUUGACGUUCGCGCUCGCCAAAUGUUCAUGAAAGGCUAG